AUGAUGAAUGAAAACUUAGAGUGCAAACAGAUAAAAUCUUUGCAGUUUUUUUAUGACAUAAUUAAAGCUUACUAGAAGCUGACAUAGUUUGACAUAAAAGACAUUUUAAAGAGAGAUGAUAAGCUAAGGACAUUCCUUUAAGAGUAGCAGCUAAAUUUGCUUGAGCUCGAGAAAUUUUUUAGUGACUAACCAUUCAUAAUUGAGAAACACGAUAAUCAGAGAAAAAGAAAAGCAGAUGAAAAAGAGGAAAAUGCCCAUAAUGAAGAAUCGAAAUUAGAGGAUCAUAAUGAUGAUACCACUCAAAAUUAAGAUUUAGAAACUGAGGUAGCAAAUUAGACCUAGGUUUCUUAAGAAGAGCUAUUAAAAACCUACUUUGAGCAAAUAAAUGACUUUGAAAUAGAAAUAGGGUCAGCACAACAGAUUGAUAUCAGUAAAAAUGAUUCAUAGAAAAAGAAUCAAUAUAUUGAAUUGCUAUUAGACUUUCUUAACGAAGAAAGAAAUGUGAGUAUGGACUCUAUCAAAAUGUUUAUCAGAAUUAUCAAAAUGUUACUUGAUGAGGAAAGUUACAUUUUUCUAGAAUACAUCUUGAAUAAUGAAUCAAAAUUUUUUAGUAAGAUAUAUCAGCAUCUUAGCAAUUUACAAUUUGAUCUAACAAUGAGGCAUUUCUUAGAUUUUAGCAUUGAAGCUAAGCCUGAAGAGGAAGAAAAAGUUGAAUUAAAAUUAGUACCUGAGGAAAGGCAUAAAAGAUUGCUCGAUUAAAUAAAGGAGAGUCAAAGGUAACAACCUCCUCCAAAACAAUAGGAGAAUAAUUCUGAUGAUAUGAUACAUUUCAAUAGAGUAGAGAUAGAUAUAGAAGAAGAUUCAAGUAUUGCAACUACAAAACUCAAUAUUAAAUAAAAGAAGAAGCAGCAAGAUAAAGCUAAAUAAGAAAAGGAUGCUCAGGUAGAAAAAGAUAAGCAAAGAGUAAAAUAACUAUAAGAAUUACUUGAAGAAAGGUAGAUUCAUGUAAUAAUAAGGCUCAUUCAGAAUAUGAACUCAAACACUUCUAAUCUUGAUCAAUGCCUCACAUCUUACUAAUUUUUAGAAGAUGCUGCAACUUAUGAAACUAUUUUCAAAAAGCUUAUCUCAAAUUAAAUUCUCACAUAAAUGAUUCGACUAUCGUGUGAUUGCACAAAUAAAUUCUAAUCCUAUGGCUUGUGCUUACUAGCAAAAGUUAUUCAAUAAUUCCCAACAUUUGAUAAGAACCUUGAUAUGGAUAUUAUAUCUGAUUUCACUAUGGUCAUUGGCACGAUGUUCCUCGACUUGAUGUUCACUUGCUUACUCAUCAUUACCUAGCCAGAUCCUAUUUCCUAAGAUCCAUUUGUGAUUAUUAAUUAAGCUGGCUGCUAUCAGAGAAAGUUUGGUUUGACAAGACUAAGAGCUCUUGAACUAAUAUAUUGGUGCAUUAGAACAUUAAAUAACUAUCCCUAAUUUGACAGAGAUAUCAUGAUUACUCCAGUUUUAAGAAAGAAUUUGUUGAAGACUAUGAUAUAAACUAUGGAAGAGUUUUAGUUUUCAAGUAUAGCUCUUUAAACUGCAUCUAAGAUCAUUUCACUUUCAAUAGACAUUUAUGAUGAAGAGGAUGUAGACUUCUUGAUAGAAUUUAUAAUGAAGCAUUUAGAAACUGAUGAAAGACUUAAAUAUUCAUCAGGCUAAGAAAUGGAAAAAGCUAAUUUAGGAAAUAUUCUCAAAAUUGCAAUAAAUCUGAGAAAUCUGGUAGAAAAAUAGCCUCAGCUAAAAAUAAACUAAUUAAUUGAUGACGAAGACGAUGAAGAUGAGUCAGAUAAUAAACAGGGUGAGAAAUUUAGAAAAUAUCAAAAGAAUUAGAAAUGGAUAGAAUUCAGAUAAAACACACUUGAUCCAAAAAAACUAAGAUGGGAAAAACGUUUGGAGGAUUAUAUAAAAGAAAGAGAGGAAGCAAGAUCACGACACAAUAGUGAUUAAAUUAGAGAUGAAAAUAAUAUUGAGAAUUUAAAUAGACACCCAGUAGAGCAGUUCAAUCAAGAUAAUAAAGACGAGAAAGAUGAUCUUUAUGGAGAUAAUGAAGAUCUAAGUAUCUUGAUUAAGCAGUAUAAAGGUGCUAAUAAGAGAACUAAACAAAGAACACUUUCAGUCGAAUUUAAGAUGCCUAGCAGCCUUAUUCCUAAUGAAGAAGACAUGACUAAGAUAAACUACAGGGAUUGCUGGGGAGUUAGGGCAAAUUCAAAUGACAAAUUCCUUGAUAAUACUUACUGGAGAGUACCUGAGCAAUAUGAAAUAGACAAUCUUAUUCAAGAAUAAGGUCACAAGGACUGA